GUUGGGCCGCUGCCACCUUAUGCACGGCCAAAGCGCGGGUCCAGAGGUUUGGCUGCCUUCGCCCACUGGACCUGCUCCGCCUUGGUAGGGCCAGUCGAUGCCAGCACGCACAGCUGAAGGACUUGGUGUCGUUGCUUUGCAUCCCCACCGCCCUAGGCCACCGCCUUGGCAAAGCCGCUCGGGCUCUGCGGCAGGAGCUGGCCCGAGCCGGCUGGAGCGAGCCUCGCAAGGAGAAGUUUGUGCGAGAGAUGGCCGCUAGCUUCGAGCAACGCGCUCGUGAGUUCCAGCGUCAGAGCGACAUCAACUCCGCCCUGGUGAGGGGAGGAGCUGCCCCUGCCUACACUCUCUCGGCAUCAAGCGGCGACGAG